UAGUGAGCAACAAUGUUAAUCCCACUUGCAAGCAGUGUAUCUCCUGUCCAUCCAGUGAAUUUUUAUCAUGCGCUGAGGAUUUACCAUGACAGGCCACAUUUAAUCAACAAAAAGUUGCGGGUAUCAAAUUUGUUCUUCUACAACACUCACUUUCAAAGUAUCAGCAAUAAUCUUUCUGAUUUAAUCAACUACACGUCAUUAACUUAUGAAACAAACAAAAUUGAUCAUCGUAAUUAUUCUAAAGAUACUUUGAGCACAUUGGUUAAAGAUUUACUACUUCCUUAUGAUAAAAAUUUAGUUUUAGACGAAAUUAGUCAAGAAGAAUUUAAAAACACUCACACAGGUAUUAUUAUCACUGUUAGACUUUUGCUACCUAAACAAGAAAGUGGUAAUAAUACUGUAGAAGUUGUUAUAUUUAAUUACAAUGAGCAAUAUGUUCAGUUUUUGGCUGCUAGUUCAAGUGAUAAAGUAAAAUUAGUUGCGCCACCUUUUCAGUAUAAAUUUGAGCUGAAAAAUAAUUUUCUACAAUUGAUUGUUGAUAUUACCAACGCUGAUACUUGUAGUGGUGAGUGGUUAGCAGACAAAUUGUUUCCAAAGAUUCUAAAAUGGUCUGAAGAGUCAAAUGAUGAUAAGGUGAUUGUUCAAUCAUUGAGUUUGGUUGAUGUAGAGCAAUAUUUUGAUGUUUAUCGACGCCUCAAAGAAAAAUACGGCAAGAAAAUGAUUGAUAUGUGGACUGAAAACACAGAUCCCUUGAAAUUCGUUUAUGAAGACGUCGCAAUCGCAUCUUACCUUAUUUGUUUAUGGAAUUCUGAAGGAUCAAGCAGUAAGCCGUCUUUUCUUGACUUGGGUUGUGGAAAUGGUUUGUUAGUGUAUAUUCUGAGUGAAGAAGGAUAUCCAGGAGAAGGAAUUGAUGUCCGCAAGCGAAUUUGGGAUUUGUAUCCAGAAACAACUAAAUUACAAAUUAAAACAAUCGUUCCAUCGGAUGAAAAUCUUUUCCCGGAUGUCGACUGGAUCAUUGGCAACCAUUCUGAUGAAUUAACACCGUGGAUUCCUGUAAUCGCCGCGCGCAGUUCACCAAAAACCAACUUCUUUUUAUUACCAUGCUGUUGUUUUAACUUUGAUGGGACUAAAUACCGAAGAAAAAACACUGGAGUGAGCCAAUACUCUGAAUAUUUGCUAUAUAUUGAAGAUGUUUGUAACGCGUGCGGUUUUGUAACGAAAGUUGAUAAGUUGCGUAUUCCAUCGACGAAACGCACUUGUUUAAUAGGUAGCGGACCAAGGACUAUUUCAAAUGAGCAGAUAAAUACGAAUAUUACUAAAUUAUUAACUGAUAGGAGUAAACCCCUUGAAAAUUUAAAAUUGCGUGAAAGUGAAGAAAAGGUUCGUAAUUGUACGAAACUUGAUCGGAAUUUCCUCACUGAAACGAUCCACAAAUUAGUUUCUAUUUUAUUGACGAUAAAUCCCGAUGAUAAUUUGUUAUUGCAUAAAGAAAACGAACAGCAAUGGAAUGCGGGUAGUUGCUUAGAGAUUAGAACAAUGGUAAAUGCUUUGGAGCAGUAUGAAUUGAAGCGAUUGAAAAACGAAUGUGGCGGAUUACAGACAUUGAUGCGCAAUCACAGGUAUAUUUUUAAUGUUGAUAAGGGCAGGGUAAAACUUAGACCACCUUAUUUAAGAUCAGAGACGGAAAAAUAUGUGGACAAACCUUGUUGGUUUAAGAAAAACCAUCCUGAUGGGUGUUUGUAUGAUGAUGAGAGUUGCGGUUAUUCACAUGUAGCGGUUUGAAUAUUAUUUGCGUUGAUUUAAAGUUUGACCUUGUAUUGAAUUAUUGUUGUACAGUUUUGAAUUUGGUUUAUAAAGAAUUUACCAUA